AUGAACAAAGGGAACAGAUUUUUCACCAUUGCUGAAUUCCUCUUACGAAAAUAUUCAGCAUCAAAUUCUCUCUCUGAAACCAAAAAACUGCACGCUUUAAUAAUCACUUCUGGCUUACUCUCUUCGUCCCAACUCUGCUCCAGCCUCGCCACAACCUACGCGCAGUGCCACCAUGUUUCCUACGCCUCCCAGCUGUUCGACAAAUUGCUCAGACCAAGUUUAUUCUCCUGGAACACCAUGAUGAGGAUGUAUGUUCAAAUGGGUCGUCCUAAUGAUGCCCUUAACAUGUUUGAUGAAAUGACUCAUUCGGGUCGGUCUUUGCCAGAUAACUUCACAUACCCGAUUGUUAUCAAGGCUUGUAGUGAGUUGUUGUUUUUUGAUAUGGGGGUUGGAGUUCAUGGGCAGACGCUCAAGUAUGGAUUUGAUAGGGAUGUAUUUGUUCAAAACUCUUUGUUGGCAAUGUAUAUGGCUGCUGGAGAGAAAGAAGCUGCAAAGUUGGUUUUUGAUUUGAUGCUUGAACCAACGGUGGUUUCUUGGAAUAGUUUGAUUAGUGGAUACUUUCGGAAUGAAUGCGCAGAGGAGGCGUUGAGGGUUUAUAGUAGAAUGAUGGAUGAGGGUGUAGAGCCUGAUUGUGCUACUUUGGUUUCAGUUUUGCCAGUUUGUGGAGUUAUGAAGAAUGUGGAGGUUGGGAGAGAGAUUCAUGCGUUGGCUCUUGAGAGAGGGUUUUGGGGGAAUGUGGUUGUUAGGAAUGCGUUGUUGGAUAUGUAUGUUAAGUGUGGUCAGAUGAAGGAAGCGCGGUUGUUGUUGAAUGGGAUGAAUGAGAAGGAUGUGGUGACUUGGACGACUUUGAUUAAUGGAUAUGUUGUGAACGGUGAUGCGAAAAAUGCGCUAAUGUUGUGUCGAAUGAUGCAGUCGGAAGGAGUGAAACCAAAUUUGGUUAGUGUAACUUCUCUGCUAUCGGCCUGUGGUGAUUUGGUUUCUUUGAAAUGUGGGAAAUGCCUACAUGCAUGGGCAAUAAGGCAAAAUCUUGAGUCUGAGGUUGUUGUGGAAACCGCCUUAAUUGAUAUGUAUGCCAAAUGCAAUGAUAGUAGUCUCAGUUAUAACGUGUUUAUGAAAACCUCUAAGAAAAGAACUGCCCCGUGGAAUGCAGUACUAUCUGGGUUCGUACAUAACAAGCUUGCUAGAAAUGCAGUACAACUCUUCAAACAAAUGUUGGCGGAAAACGUACGGCCUGACAGUCCAACCUUAAAUAGUCUUCUUCCUGCAUACGCUAUUCUUGCUGACCUCAAACAGGCAAUUAACAUACAUUGUUACCUUAUAAGAUUGGGAUUUCUUCUCAAACUUGAAGUAGCUAGUAUGCUAGUUGACAUAUACUCAAAGUGCGGAAGUUUAGGAUAUGCUCACCAAGUUUUUGAUAUAAUUCCUUUCAAAGACAAGGAUAUUAUUAUUUGGAGUUCAAUAAUUGCUGCUUAUGGAAAGCACGGGCACGGUGAAAUGGCUGUCUCACUUUUCUAUCAAAUGGUCCAAUCUGGAGAGCAACCAAAUGAAGUGACUUUCACGUCUGUUCUACACGCUUGCAGCCAUGCAGGUUUGGUUGAUGAGGGUUUGUCUCUGUUCAAUCUUAUGCUUAAAAAAUACCAAGUUAUUCCUCGUGUUGAUCAUUAUACAUGCAUUGUUGAUCUUCUUGGCCGUGCUGGUCGACUGAAUGAUGCUUACAAUCUUAUUAGAACAAUGCCUAUAACACACAACCAUGCUAUAUGGGGUGCACUACUUGGUGCUUGUGUGAUACAUGAAAAUGUUGAACUGGGAGAGAUAGCUGCUAGGUGGACUUUUGAGCUUGAACCUGAAAACACUGGAAAUUAUGUUCUGUUAGCAAAGCUUUAUGCUGCUGUAGGAAGGUGGAGAGACGCAGAAAUGGUAAGAGAUAUGGUAAAUGAGGUUGGAUUACGAAAACUACCUGCUCACAGCUCAGUUGAGGUUAGCAAUAUGUGA